AUGGAUUCCACUAGAUCGCUAGUCUCGCAAAAGACGUCGGACUCAGAUUUACAUAUCCAGUUGCACCCGCUUGUCCUCCUCACUAUCUCCGACCAUAUCACCCGUCAUGCCGCCCGUCAACAACAAGGCCGAGUCCUCGGCGCCUUACUAGGCCAGCAGAAUGGGCAGGUGAUCACAUUAGAGCAUGCAUUUGAAUGCCCUACCACUGCAGGGCCAAAUGGAGAAGUUUUGCUCCCAUGGGAAUGGUUCGAAGAGCGAGUGAAGCAGUUUAAGGAUGUACACAAAGCUCCGCCUUUGGAACUCGUUGGCUGGUGGUCCACCUCCCCUGCGACCGGUCCUGAUGCCUCUCACCUACCUAUCCAUCGCCAGCUUCUAGAAGACUACAAUGAAUCCGCUAUCUUCCUCGCUUUCCACCCCUCACAGCUCCAAGCUUCCGAAUCGCACAGCGCCAAGCUCCCAUUGACCGUUUAUGAGAGUGUGCUCGAGGGAGGGAACGCCAAUGAUGCAUCUAAAGAUAUGCAAAUUGAUGGUGAGGAGUCAGGACCUGGUCUUCGUUUCCGUGAGCUGCGAUACUCCGUUGAGACCGAGGAAUCCGAGAUGAUUGGUGUGAACACUAUUGUGCAGAACUCUGGAACUGCCGCGACAGAAACACACCUGACAUCAACGUAUACUGCUACAAGCUCGACAUCUAAUAAUCAACAGACCACGAGUGAGAAAAAGAGUGCUGAGAAAAGCACCAGCGGACUCACUCAGGAAGAGGAAGAGCGUACGGACCCCACAUUCAUCUACAGUCUCCUAUACCUCAACAUGCAUCUAACACGUCUUAAUUAUAUAGUAAUCGGAAACCUCACCACCCGUUGCAAUGCAAUCCGCACCCUCGAGUCUCGCAUCGGUCUCAUGAAAUCAUAUGUCUCGAGUAUUUGCUCAGACCCUGAAAAUGCGUCUUCAUCGCCAGAAUGGUCAUAUCCGCUCCUCCGUGAUAUCACCUCCCUUAUAUCGCACCUUGAGCUCCUCUCCCCAUCCGAACAAAGCGCCUUUUCUACAGAGGUUAUCGCCCAGAAAAAUGAUGUCCUCAUGGCGUCUUUGCUUGGAAGAAUGGGCGAGGGCGUCAAGAAUUUGCGCGAGGUUGGCUACAAGAAUACAAUUGUGCGGAGUCAACGCCAGUCAAACUCGAUCCAGAAGAAAACUGCCGCAGCCGAGCGCAUGAGAGGAGGGCUCAAUUUGCCGCAGCCGUUCGGACCGGGAGCAGGCAAUGGACCUCGAGCUUAA